AUGACAACAGCUUACAAUUUCCCCGAUUUGAAUAUCUCUCCUAUCAACAUAGAUGACGAAGAUGAAGCAGAUGACAGUUUGCACACUCUUCCUGUGAGUCUUUCAACCUACAUCUACACCAAGUAGGAAGUCUUUAUCGCUAUGGAAAACAGAAUGAGACAGUCGCUGUUUUCUGCUGCUGAGUCCUGCGAUAUUGCUGCAGCCUUGGAUGAAAAUUCGUUUUGCAACAUUUUGGACGGUUGUCGCGUCUGUGUGGAAAUGGGUUGCUGCAAAGAAUCAUCGGAGGAUGUGCGAUCUCGCUUACGUCGCAUGGGUGCAAUAGUCUCACGUCGUUUUACCGGCACAACUACUCACGUUGUGUUCUCCUAUGGCGGUAGCACAGAAAUUCUACAAAGCGUAUUUGCAUCAUCGCGGAGGCCGUUUUUGGUUGAUCCUCAUUGGGUGCAUGAAUGUUUUAACUCUCGAACUCGUGUGUCGGAGGAAUCCUUUUCACUCUACGAAUGUCGGUAUCUCGUGCACACUCUUCGUCGCAGCCUUGACCAGAGAAAUGCAUCAGAGUUGCGAGACAUACUGCAUGAUGGCACCAAUGAACACGGGCACACUAAUCUUACGAAUAUCUCUGAGGAUGUAGAGGUGACGUUCAGCAGAACUAUGAAUGCCUCUGAGCUGUUGAUGAAAUUGGACUUGUUGUCGAAGCGAUUGGAUAAGAUUGGAGUCGCAACAUCGUGUGUAUUGGGAAAUCGCUGCCCUAGCGCAAUGAAAGGAAGACAGCGGAUGCAUCUUCCUUCAAUUCCUGCUCGCAGAAAUGCUCAAAUUGUGGGAGCUCAUUCUACCGUCAAAAUUACCCGUCGCCGUACUCAUAGUGCAUUUCCGCUAGAAUAUCGUGAACCAAUGAAUGACGCUGUGAAAGUGAUCCGAGAGGCAAGAGAGGAGCAAGAUGCUAUAUGUGGGCGUUUGGAGGCGUCGUUUCCUAAGAAUCCUGAUGCUUUUAAAGAGAAUGAAGAACCCAGGGAUACGCAAGCCUAUGAUUUCCCUCAUUUGGCCAAAAAGACAACAAUUCAGAAAUCUAAGUAUUUUACCCAGAAGGCGAAGACUCCGGAGAUAAGGUCUCCUCGAAAGUGUCUCUCGUCUACUGAGAACAGUUCAGAAUUGGGUCUUCUUGGGCUUAAAAGUGGUGCAUAUGCACCUCAGGUGGAAACGGCUUCAUCCAUGAUCAAUCAACUGCAAUCCGCUUCCAGUUCUGCAGAGUUUGUUGGAAAGAAGCAUUCCGCAAGGAUCACGUCUAAGGCUAGAGAUGGAGUCGUUUUUACUGGAUUCGUCAAGGAGAAGGAAAAGGAGUUUCACAAUUAUGUUCGCAACCUGGGACUCAAAGUCCACUCAAAAAUAAGUGGAAGGACAUACUGUGUUGUGAGUGCCAAUGGAGAGAGGACUCUGAACACCAUGCGAGCAGUCAUCAGCGCAAUUCCCGUAGUGAAACCAGAAUGGUUAGAAUUAUGUGCUGACAACAACAGACUCUUACCCAUGGAUAAGUUCGAGCAUAAACGAUGGGCAAAACUAAUCAAGGUAUGUUGA